AAAAUCUCCCAAUUCCGUACAUUGAUUUCCCAUUUAUCAUUCUUUGGAACUGAAUCGUCGCGUUCAAAAAUUAUCAGUGUUUGAUAAACCUAGUGAUAACAAUGCGGUAAAUUUGGCUAGCCUGUUCCACAUUCUGUCAAAAAUCCUCCAGCGCAUGUCCCUGGAAAUCAAACAUGGCCGGUCGUAGCGGUUAUGAAGAUAGAGACAACAGGGAUUUCGGCGGCGGAGGCGGCGGCGGCCGUAGGGGCGGCAGGAAGCCUUUUCCGACGGAACCCCCAUUCACAGCCUACAUCGGAAAUUUACCGAAUGGGACGGUCCAAGGGGACGUUAAUCGGAUUUUCAAAGAUCUCAACGUUAAGAACGUCAGGCUUGUUAUGGACAAGGAAACCGACAAGUUCAAGGGCUUUUGUUAUGUCGAAUUCGCCACCCUUCACGACCUGGAGCAAGCGAUCAACUUGAACGGAAUGGUAGAAGUCGAGAAUCACAACAUCAAAAUAGACGUAGCGGAGGGCAAACGCAGCGAACGAGGGGGCGGUUUCGACCGAGGCCGCGGCGGUAGAGGCGGUGGCGGCGGCGCAGGUGGCGGUUUCCGCGGGCCGCGUCCCGGAGGCGGCGAUCACCGGUUCGAAGAAUUCGACCGGAGAGGCGGCGGUCGCGGAGGCUCUUUCAACGAUAGGGGAGGAAACAGAGGCAACUACGGCAACUUUUCGGCCGAGGACGGCCCCAGAGAGUGGUCUUCUUCGCGCGGCAAUCGCGGCAAUGCCGGCGGCUUCGGGGGCAGAGCCCGACAGGAGAGGAGGUCCUUCACUGAAGAUUUGCCAAAUCCGGCGCCAGACACAUCAGGGAGGCCGAAACUGAAAUUGCAGCCUCGAACGAUCAAAGAUCCGGUAAAUGCUUUAGCAGAGACGUCGCAGUCGUCGACGAUUUUUGGCGGGGCGAAGCCCCGAGAAGAGAAAUUGCAGGAUAAACAGUAAAAAUGUUUGUUGAUUGUGUGUAAUUUUUUUGAUUUUUAAGAUUAAUAUUUAUCUUUUCUUAUUUUGAACUGAUUCGUUUUAUUAUAAUAGGCGAUUGUAACUGAAGUAAUAAAAUUUAUUAGUUUUUUAUUGUGUGGGAUUUUGUGAUCCCAGCGUUUCGUUUUGUUAACUUGUAAUAUAGUCGGUUUGCAUUCUAAUUGAGCCAUUCAUGUAAAGGUUUUAUAGUGUUGCAUUUUAUAACAUAAAUUAUUGAAACUGAUUCAAGAUUUUUUUCGAUCUGAUUUUUGAUCGACACACUAGAUUUUUUCUCCGAGUUUUAUAAACAACAUACCAUAAUUUAUUAAUUCUUAUUACUUGUAUAUUAGAAUAACUGCUGUACUUUUUUAAACGUAAUUGUUAUUUUUGUAAAGACAUUUCUUGGGUAUGUUUUUUUCUUUUUCGUAUAAGUAUAAAUUAAUCUUAUCAUGUUAAAUACGAGCAUUGUAAAAAUGGUACGUUUUUCCUUAUUACCAGAUUUUUACAAUGCUAUGAUGAGCAUAAAACUUACACAUAUUGUGUAAUAUAUGGUCUUGUAUGAUAUAUAAAAAGAAUAAAUUGUGAAUUUAAGUA